AGCGGUACCUAUGCCACUGCAUGAGAGUACCUACCUAGCCCCUCCACCCCGCCAACCAACCCAGCCCAACCCACUUCCCACUUCCCACUUGACCCAGCUCUGCGUACAUCAACCUGGUGAUUCCCGUGUCUCUCGCUCCUGUUUCUCUAUUCUUCGACUAUAAAGAGCUAUCAUCCCAACUCAAAUACCAUUCUGUUUCCUCUUCAUAUUCCAAUUGGCCUUCUCGCAAAUCAUUUCUUGCAACGCAAAUCUCGUUGGAUCCUGACUGACUACCUAGGGACUCCGUGCUAAUAUUACCCAGCAAUGGCUCCUCCCGAACAGUUCACCGACGCCAACGUUGCGGCCCUUAAGACGAGGUUCGAAUCCGCUGGACAAGGCCACGUCUUCACAUUCUACAAUUCCCUCGGCGACGUCGAGAAGGAAUCACUCUUCAGCCAGCUCCAAAAGAUCGACCCUGCAAGAAUCAACAAGCUAUGGGACCUCGCCCAGAACCCUCCAAAGGAGCCUGAGAACACCGUCGUCGAACCCCUCCCGGAAUCUGCGACAGCCAGCAUCCUAGACUCAAAACCUGAAGAUCUUGAAAGAUGGAAUAACCUGGGCCUGGACCUCAUUGGCAAGGGCGAGGUCGCUGUCAUUCUCUUGGCUGGUGGCCAGGGAACACGCCUUGGAAGCAAAGCCCCUAAGGGCGCCUAUAACAUCGGGCUCAACUCGAAAAAGUCUCUCUUCCAAAUACAAGCGGAACGCAUCUUGAAGGUCCAGGAGCUGGCCGCCGCCAAAGCUCAGGACAAGAACAAGGCUCAGAUCCCCUGGUACGUCAUGACAAGUGGCCCCACCCGAGCUCCGACCGAGAAGUUCUUCAAGAAGGAAAAGUUGGCCGAGUUAUCGGAUGAAGACAACGACGCCCGGGCACAGGGCAAGCCCUACUUCAGUCUCAAUGAGAAGAAUGUCAAGAUAUUUGAACAGGGCGUCCUACCCUGUUACGACUUCAAUGGCAAGAUUAUGCUCUCUAGCAAGGGUGAGGUGGCCGUGGCCCCGGAUGGAAACGGUGGUAUCUACAAGGCGUUACAGGAUGAGGGUGUACUUGACGACAUGCGUAAGCGCGGUAUCAAGCACGUCCACGCCUACUGUGUCGACAACUGCCUGGCCAAAGUCGCCGACCCCGUCUUUAUCGGUUUCUCUGCCGAGAAACAAGUCAAGAUCGCAACAAAAGUCGUGCGUAAGCGCAAUGCGACCGAGUCUGUUGGCCUAAUUCUCUCCAAGAACGGACGACCUGAUGUCGUAGAGUACUCGGAGAUUGACAAGGAGACGGCUGAAGCCGUAGACCCUAAGCAACCAGACGUGUUGAAGUUCCGUGCCGCCAACAUCGUCAACCAUUACUACUCAUUCGAGUACCUCGAUAACAUGGGUGACAGCGUGAACUCGCUUCCCCCUCACAUCGCCAAGAAGAAGAUCCCUUAUUUCGACAUCGAGAAAGUCGAGGCCGUCACCAACGUCACCAAGCCCAAUGGUAUCAAGCUCGAGCAAUUCGUCUUUGACAACUUCAAGUGGCUUGAGCUCUCCGAGUUCGCCUGCUUCGAGGUGGAGCGUGAGGACGAGUUCUCGCCCCUCAAGAACGCCGACGCACCAGGGGCCCAGGACUGCCCCACGACAAGUCGACAAGACAUCAAGGCCCAGGGUAAGCGAUGGGUCGAGGGAGCUGGUGCGACGGUGAAGAAUGGCGACAACGAGGGUCUAGAAGUGUCGCCUUUGACAAGCUAUAAUGGCGAGGGACUUGACAGCUGGAAGGGCAAGGAGAUCACUGAGCCGGUGAUCUAAAGUAAUUCAAAUCAUUUAUUUAAAAAUAGAACAUGUGAUUGUACAAAUAGACGGCGACUACGAAUGAAAAAAAAAAAGAUAUGCGAAUGACAUGAUUGAAAUGAGACAGGAAGGGAUUUGGGUAGGAUAGGAUAGGAUAGGGUGGGAAACAGAUGAAGAAGAAAAGUUAAUAAAUGAGUGAAACUAACUAAAACGAGAUUCAACUUUUUACAAAUUGAUCUUUUCUUCGUGAGUAUGCUACAAUGAUUCUUGAAGAUGAAAAAUUCAGCUACCUAUGCGGUCAUUAGUAGGGAGGACGUAACUACCUACCUAGGUAGGUUGUUCACAUACAUACCGGUAGUACAGACAGUCAGCACUCACAGACCU